GAGAAGCCCAGCCUGCACUCAUUAGUACUGCUUCUGCCUGAACCGCGGGAGGAGUGAGUGCUGCGGUGCAACACAGGGAGACGGUGAUGCUGUCUGCUGUUCCGUGAUCCAGAGGGUGAGAGCCUCGUGUCACUCUUGCACCGAGACGUGCUGCCAGUCCCAGGAGGGAAGAUCUUACACACACACAUCACAACAGCAUGCCCGUCUUUCCUCAGUCAGCAUGGCCAGCAAGGGCGGGGAUCCCGUGGCAGGGACUGUGUGGACUUACUGUUCUGGUGUUGCUGGCAGAGCUGCCCUCUCUCCACUGCUGUCCAGCCAAGUGCACCUGCAACAGUUUUGGAAUCCUGUGGUGCGUCAAGAUAGGCUUGUCCACCAUUCCCCGGCAUAUUCCUUCUGACACCUCUAACAUCUUUGCCUUCGAGAACUCCAUCUCAGUGUUGCGCAGCGAGGACUUCGCUGGCCUCAGGGAGCUGAAGCUCCUUCACCUGUCACACAACAAGAUUUCCGAGCUGCCGGGCCAGAUCUUCCGACCCCUGGCUACCCUCUACAAUCUGGACCUGUCCGCCAACCAGAUCACUGAGAUCACCAACGAAACCUUCGCGGGGCUGCGGGACCUGGAACGGCUGUAUCUACAGAAGAACAAGAUCGCUAGCAUCCAGGCAGGGGCCUUCGAGGAUCUGGUCAGUCUAGUCGAACUUAAGCUACAGGACAAUCUCCUCAAGCACAUCCCCCCAUUCCAGCUGCCUACCCUCCUGCUCCUGGACCUCAGUAGGAACGAUAUCCCGGGCACAGAGCUUGGCUUAGUCUUCUUGCCGGAGAUCGAGUCACUGAAACUGGCAGGGCUGGGCUUGCCCACCAUUGACGGGGAGAUGUUCAAGGGUAUGCGGGGCCUCCAAGAGCUGGACCUGUCUGACAAUCGGCUGGUGAGCGUGUCAGAGGUGCUGGCGCACCUGGAGGGGCUUACCUCCCUGAGCCUCCGGGGCAAUAACCGGAUUUCUCAGCUGCAGAAUGAGGACUUCAAGCCCUUGAGAAAUCUGCAGAAGCUGGACAUCAGUGGGCUGGGCCUCAGGACUAUCCCUCAGGGCUUCUUGGACCUUUUCCCCAACCUGCGAAGCCUGGUGGCGGCAGAGAACCCGUACCACUGUGUCUGCCAGCUGGGCUGGUUGGUACAGUGGGCACGGCUUAACAGCGCCCUCUUCCAGCAGCAAGAAGAGACCCAGUGUCACUUCCCACCGGUCAACGCUGGCAGGCCGCUAGUGGAGCUGGCACUGGGGGACCUGGGCUGCCCCACCGGCCUGGCGACCACCAUAGGGAUCUCACCCACCCCUGGGUCCCGGACCACAGUGGGUCACCAGGCCACGUGGCCACCAGAAGAACAAUUGCCCUUCAAUGGCAGGGCCACAGCUGGAGCGGUCACCAAGUCCGCUCGCGAGCAUGACGGGAUGCUACAGUCCUGCUCCUUGGCCGACUGCUUCAACGGGGGUAUCUGCCAACUGGACAGGGCUGGGCGCCGAUUCUGUGCCUGCUCAGCAGGCUUCCAUGGGACCCGCUGUGAGAUAGAGAGCAAUCACCAGGGCUUUGCCAGAAGCCUGGUGAACAUCAGCCAGACCACCAGCACCUCAGUCACUCUGAAUCUCCAAGGUUUCAGGCUCUCACCAGUUUACUACAAGGGCCUCCGCCUGACAUACAAAGACUGGUCGGGUCCCGACCCCAGGCCAGUAUCCCUCAACAUCCCAACCUCACUGCAAGCGUACAGUAUCCGUGGCCUGAGGCCUAACUCCACCUAUCAGAUCUGCGUGGGUACUCUGGGGGAUUCUGAGCUCAAGGUGGAGCCGUGCGCAGUGGCACAGACGUUGCCCAUGAGCCAGCCAGCUCCAUUUGCGCAGGAGAGGGUCGCCGACCUGACCAGUGUGAUCUGGCCUGCCGUUACAGGCGUCUUCCUGAUCACACUUCUGGCAGCAGCUAUCGCUUACUACUGCUGGAGAAAGCGCUCCAAGAAAGAUCCAGUGCCAGGACUGGGAGCCCAGCCUUACGAUGUGGAAGGGAUCAAACCAUGCCUUCAAGAGGGCCUAGUCCUGUCCAACAGUCCAAAGGAAGCCGAAAGCCUUUCGCUGCAGACUGAACUGCCACUAAUCCAGGAACGUCAAAGCAACACUCCCAAUGGCUUGUGACCACUGAUUCCUUAACAUUACUGGCGAUUUCCAAAGAGUGAAGACUCCUGUAAAACUUCACUGCUUCAAUUAAUGUCCAUUCCUAUUGAGAGGGGUCUGCACUCAGUAUCCCCAAGGGAGUUCCAAUUCAAGUUGCUUAAAGAAUCCAGUCCUGGUUUUCCUUGCCCCACUCUGCACACAAGCUCAGUCCAGGUUCCCCAUGAAAAGUCCAAUUACAAGGAGGGAUCUUGGCUUCCAAUAUGCAUGACUGUAAAUAUCACCAAUAUUUGCUAUGCUACUCAGACAGUUCCCAGUGUGCAGCGAUUGGUAGGGCCAAAUUCCGCAUGCUCCUAAGCACCUGGAGUGCAUGAAUCACUGGCCAUUACGAAUCCCAUCUCACAAGAUCCACUGCCUUUCCCUGACACACCAGGAGGAACAGAAAGGGUAGUGGCGAUCGCAUACCACCCAACCCACCCGUUCGCUACUGUAAAUUCUUAAACACACAUUAUAUAUGACAAUAUUUGUAAGCAAAUAAAUAUUUUUCUAGAGAACA